AUGAUAUCUACAACUAGAUGUCAAUACCUUUUCGCUAACGCCAACAUUUCAUUCAUCCACACUCCCUCGCAGGAAGAUCGCUUCGAUUUCACCGCAUAACGUAUAAGGCACAGCCUCGUCUCUGGGAGAGAUAACGCGGUCAGUUACCAUACGGCAGGGGCACUCUGUCACAUCGCUGACUAUCUGUGGAUAACUCCAGCCUUCUUGCAGGAGGAAGAGGGGCCUGUCACCAGUGUGGAAAGGUGACCAGGCAAGGGGCAUUCUGCUCCCCGAGAGGACAUUUGGAUACCCGUAUGCCCUGGAGAAUGAUGUUGCUCUGACCAGAAUGCUGCUCCACAUACCUGUCCUCUUGAUCUUGUUCUACUUGGUAGCCACAGAGAAUGAUGUAACUAUAACCACCAAUCUCGGCAGGAUUACGGGACGGCGGAAGACCCUUAACUAUGACAUGGGUUCGUUCAAGGUGAUCGAUUCCUUCCUUGGUGUGCCUUACGCCCAGCCACCAGUGGGAGAUCUCAGAUUCAGGAACCCCGAGCCAGCAACUGAAUGGGAAGGUGUCCUGGAUGCUACGAAGAAGCCACCCAAAUGUCCGCAGCCUGUCUCGUGCAGUGAUGUAGAAAAUGAGAGUUGCUCGAGUAGCAAAACGCUCCAUGUUCAGGAAGAUUGUUUAUACAUCAAUAUUUAUACUCCAUAUAAGACUGGAAGAUCCAAGAAAUUCCCUGUGAUGGUAUAUAUUCACGGCGGUUCAUUCCUGUACGGAUCAGGGAAUGACUAUAAUGGGGAAGCGUUGGCCUCCAUGGGCGUUGUGGUGGUUGCCUGUAACUACAGGAUCGGAGUUUUAGGUUUCAUGUCGGCCGGCAACCAGGACAUGCCUGGUAACUACGGCAUCUAUGACCAGGUGAUGGUGUUAACUUGGGUGAAGGAGAACAUCGAGGCAUUCCGGGGCAAUCCCAAUCAAGUCACACUGUUCGGCCAUAGUGCCGGUGGAGCCAGUAUUGGACUACACCUGGUCUCGCCAUUAUCAAAAGGUUUAUUCCAUCGUGCCAUCAUCCAGAGUGGUCCAGUAAAUGCUCACUGGGCCCAACCAAAGCCUUCAUCGUCAUAUUUCCCCCAAGUUCUACAAGCACUUGCUCAACGGCUGGGAUGUAGCUAUUCUAAGGUGCCGACCAUGGUCACGUGUCUACGGAGGGUCCAAUGGCCUGACAUGACGUCAGCGUAUAUAGAGGUUCCAAAAUUCACGGCAACAGGAACUGACCUCCGUCCUUACAUAGAUGGUAACCUGCUGCCAACGAACGUGACGUCAUUGCUGAAGAAUGGUCCCAUCAAUGACGUGCCCGUCAUGAUUGGCUCCACCAAAGACGAAUGGAGCCGGUUCAUGACAAUGUUCAUGAACGACACUUUUGACUCACUAUCAUUCGAAGAUGGUCUCGACCGAAAAACAUUCACCAGAAGCUUGAGCUACGCCUUUUUAUCGCUGUUCAAGUGGCCCCAAGCACUGAUAGAUGUACUACUGCAUGAAUACACUAACUGGGACACGCCCAAUGACCCCAUCGCAAACUUGAAUAAUUAUAUUGAGCUCUUCACAGACAACGACUUCCUCGCCCCUUCUAUGCAAUUAGCCAAAUACCUAACAGACAAAAAUCAGCCAGUGUAUUUCUACCAAUUCCACCAUAAGCUGCCGAUGAAUCUGGAGAGCAAGAGUGGGUGGGAAUGGAUCGGAGAGAGAAGCUACCACGGGAUAGAACUUAGCUUCCUCUUCGGGUCUCCGUUCUCUGGGUUGGCGGUGGGAGACUCGGCAUGGUACGAGGGGACAUACACUGAACAGGACAGGAAGAUGUGUAGAAACAUCAUGACAAUGUGGACAAACUUUGCUAAAGAAGGGGAGCCAACACCAACCAACAAAAAUAGAGAUCUGAUCAAUUUUGAGUGGAAAAAAUUCAAUCCAAAUACCUCAGACUACCUACAUAUCGCUGCGGACGUGACGGAGAUGCGGCAGCAUUUACGUUCCAGACAAGUGGCUUUCUGGAACACACUCAUCCCAAACUUGACCAAAAAACUUGAAUCGAUUACGCAGCGGACGUUUGAGGUUGAGAUGUGGAUUAUUGUGGGCCUGUCGUCUCUGUUGCUUGUCAUUGUAGUGUUGCUCAUGGUCACCAUUUGUAAAAUCCGCGCCCGGAUUGAUCGUGCUUGGAAGAACGUCCCUCCGAAGGACAACGUCAAAACGUGAGAUGAGAUUCAGAGCUUCGGAAUUUUGUCAGAAAGAAUUAGCUCUUCUUUACCAACCAGUUCGUUGCCUAAAAUAGAUUGAAGUGGAAGUCCCGUCGAACGUCAUGUAUAUGUAGAGUCUUUAAUCAAAAAUGUGUAAGGCAAGCUUCUUACCACCGUAUUACAGAGUCUGAAAAAAACUACUUGGGAACGCUUGGAGAUGUCCUCGCAGAAUACUGGCGUCAGGAAAGGUCAAGCUUAUCUCUAAGUUGCUGCCUGCGAUCUAUGAAGUCAUCUGCACAUGCACCACACCCAAAGCGAGCAAAGCUGUCCUAAAACCGUGGACGUGGGAAGUUCGUGAAGAGCAACAGAUAUGAGUCACGGAUUCCUUGAAACUGACGGCAAUGCAGCCAGGACUCCAUGGAGUAGACUCGAGGGAGUUCCUCUGUCUUAUCUACAGGAAUGAGGCCGAUCAAGGGCGUGCAUACGGCGCCGUGCGGAUUGUACCUUGGAGGUGUCACACCAGGGUGGUACACCACUUACGAAGACGAAUGGACAACCAGUAUUUGAAAGACCGUCAAAAGGGAGAGUUACACAGAUUAAGAAUUGGUCGGAAAACCUUUUAAAAACUCCUAUCGAGCUUGAUCCAUCUACCAAAGGGUGAAGACAUGAGAUUGUAGUAAAGUAUAUACGUUUUCGUUUAUGUUUGUUCAGGUUGAUUGUGAUGUCGACGUAUACCUGUACAAACCGUAUCCGGGUGUUGUUUCAUACGUAGUAAUAAUAGUCAUGAUCGCGCGGUGUCCGCCAAAGGGAACAAGUGGGGAAACCGACAACAAUCUUACAGGGAGUAUGCCUUCCAGCAAACUUAUCGAUUUCGCGUGACUUGGACAUCUCGUCAGCAAUUGCUUUUGAUAGAGUCCGUGUGAUAUUCUGUAAAAUAUUUAAUUGCAAUGUUGGUCGGAUCGUGAAAUAAAGACAUGGUGUCGUGUAUGUUGUAGUGCGUCGAUUUACACAAAAGUUUUAAAAUGUAUUUUUGACUUGUUGAUUUCUGUAUGGUACAAUUGUCAUGACGUGGUUGGUUAUGUCACUUAAUUACAUUCUCUUUGUAUAUCAGGGUUACGGGUGGCCAUAUAGUGUAUAAUUGUACUCAUAUCUCAGUAUUAUUAUGACGAGAAGACUGAUUUAACCCCUCAGAACGGCUCCAAGUGAAGUCGGAGACGUAGAUGUCAGAAUCGCUAGUCGGAGGGGAUACUUUCGGCGGUUCCAGCAGGCAGUCGGUACCGCUGGAAGUUCAGUAUGCUUGUAGAGUGGAAGUUGCAUAGUAAUCGAUCACGUGCGGGACUGCGUCUUGGUCGCGCGUUUGUCAGAAAGUCUAUGGGAGGUGUUAUAUUUUGUCAUGACCACGUGGAUGAGCUUUAUCUUAUAUAAAUACUUGGUGGGGCUCACUGGCUGAUUUAAUGAUGGUCGGCAGUGAGUUAUGAACUAUAAUACAAACGAGAGGGGAAAACAUAAAAAGCGUGUACGGUAUUUUUGGAAUUGCAUAUAUUGCAAUCAUAAUUUUAUUAAACGUAACAAUAUUCAAUGUACAUGUACAUGCCUAUAAAAUCGUCACUGUUGUUUUUACGUUGUGACAUGUUUUUCGAUGGACAAAUUAUGUUGACUAUCAUGGACAGUAUUUAUAUGUAUUAUUCGUCAUAGAUAACAUGUCGUUAGUUGAAAUAAAUUCGUGUACUGGUAUAUAUACGA